AUGGGGUCGUAUUCAGGCACUUCUGAGAUCGUUGAAGCUCGAGAAGAUUUGGAUUCUGCACAACAUUCUAGCAAAGGAGCUUAUCCAUAUCGAUGCUACUCAGGAUUAAGUCUAGGUGGCCUCGAUCGGAGAAAGCCUCCAGCUUUGAAGCUGGGAGACAAGGAUUCACUGGAGGAUGAAAUAAACCAACUGUUCGAUGCCAUCAGUCUAAAGAAUGUUUCCAAGGGUUUUGGAGUUUCAACUCAACCCAGCACGAGCUCGUCUAGCCCUCUGAAUAGAAAUGCAAUGAUGAAGAGGCCUCUUGUUAGCAGUGUGUCUAAUUCACCAAGAGUCAGUAGCUCGGAAGGUGUGUCUCUGAAGCAGGCAUUGAGGGACCUUUGUCUCUCCAAGGCAUCUGAAAUGGCUGCCAUGAAAAGGGUUUCAAAAUCGACUUCUGCUGCUCCCUCCCCUGGAGAACCCUCGGAGGCUGGCAGGAUCAAGAACUUGUAUAAUUCGGUGUUGGUUGAAAGCAAGGUGGGUGAGGUUACUCGAGAUAUCGGUAAAGGGACAACUAUGGUUGACAUAUCCUUUGUUCAUGAAGAGAGCAGCAGCAAGAAGAAGAUGCUGCACCUUGAGAUUCCUAAGAUGAGGUCACUGAACCCGAGUGCUCAAUCGUCUCCUCGGCUACAAGCAUUGAAGUCACCAGCUAAUCUAAGUGCCCAAUGUUCUCCUCGAUUCAUAGCACCACCUAUGAAACCAGUGCAGAAUGAGAAUCAGUUGGAAUCCAAGAAAGGUGGAAGCCAAAGCACAUUGUCAUCUCCUGGAUUAGCUGAUCAGAAGAAAUUACAAAUGGGUUCUUCUGCAACUAGAAAAUUGCCUCCUUCCAUCACGAAAAGCUCGAAUAAGACCAAUUCCUCAAGUAAUGGUACUACUACUUCUGGACCAAAAAGAUUGGGAGCUCAAGCAAUGAAAAUCGAGAAGGUACAAAAGGAGAAGAAGGUUAUGACACUUGCAGAUUCCAUAUCUUGUCCUGAUUCUCCUGACAACUCUCCAAAGGCAGCAGCAGUAAAGCUUCCUUCCUCCACCAAAUCGACAACAAAAGUUUCUCCACCAAAAACAGGUCGCAAAGGCAGUACCAAGAGCACAAAACAUGUUAAAACAGUGAUAAGAAGCAAGAUCAGCACCAUUAAGAAGAAGAGAAAGCAGGGUGCAAACUCUGCAUCCUCAGUUUGCACUGAAGGUGAUGCCAAUUUGCUUCCAGUCCAAACUCCGAUGGUUUGCCAGAAAUGUCAAUGUGCACUAAGUAGUAAUGCCAAUGAAGAACCAGUUGAACAAAACCCGGCUCCUAUCUCUGCUGAGAACCCGGUUGAGAAGAUAAAGAAGACUCCAAAACGAGAGAAAGGCGAAUUCUCUCGGAGCUCAAAAAGCAGUUUGGGAGACUACAGCACUAGCACAAGCAACAGCGAGGAGAGCAAUGCCAGCAGGUUCAGCAGCUGCUGCAACAGGCCACACAUGUCGAAGGACGUCCGAUGGCAAGCUGUUCAACAUGUCAAGACAAGGGAUAAAGUGCUGACAUUGGCUCACUUCAAUCUGUUGACGAAGCUCGGUUGUGGAGAUAUAGGGACGGUGUAUCUGGCUGAGCUCAUAGGUACGAACUGUCUUUUCGCAAUCAAGGUGAUGGACAACGAGUUCCUGGCAAGGAGGAAGAAACUGCCAAGAGCCCAGACAGAGAGAGAGAUACUGAGGAUGUUGGACCAUCCCUUUCUUCCCACGCUUUAUGCACAGUUCACUUGUGAUAAUUUGUCGUGCUUGGUGAUGGAAUUCUGCCCUGGUGGGGAUCUUCAUGUGCUAAGGCAGAAGCAGCUUGGGAGGUGCUUCCCUGAGCCAGCAGCCAGGUUCUACGUUGCUGAAGUUCUCCUAGCUCUAGAGUACCUCCACAUGCUCGGAGUCGUCUACCGAGACUUGAAACCCGAAAACAUCCUAGUACGAGAAGACGGCCACAUCAUGCUCACAGACUUCGACCUCUCACUACGAUGCAACGUAAGGCCAACUCUCCUCCAAUCAUCAUCAUCAACAGCUCCUGCCGAACCCCCGAGAAUCUCCGGCCCAUGCACAUCUUCCUCCUGCAUUGACCCAUUCUGUAUCGAGCCAUCCUGCCGCGUCGUGUCUUGCUUCUCUCCCCGACUCCUUCCUCCUCGAAGCGCCGCCAAAGCUAAAGUGAAAGCGGAGCUCCUCCUUCGAUCAACCCUCCCACAGCUCGUGGCAGAGCCCACCGACGCUCGUUCAAACUCUUUCGUCGGAACCCACGAGUACUUAUCACCCGAGAUCAUCAAGGGAGACGGCCACGGCGCAGCAGUUGACUGGUGGACGUUCGGCGUGUUCCUAUACGAGCUACUCUACGGCCGAACGCCUUUCAAAGGCGCGGGGAACGAGGAAACACUAACAAAUGUAGUGCUACAAGGGUUGAGGUUUCCUGACGGCCCGCUGGUGAGCUUCCAUGCGAGGGAUCUCAUCCGAAGGCUGCUGGUGAAGGAGCCGGAGGGGAGACUAGGGACCGAGAAAGGUGCAGCGGAGAUCAAGCAGCAUCCUUUUUUCCAAGGGUUGAACUGGGCGCUCAUACGCUGCGCCGUUCCCCCCGAGCUGCCGGAUAAUUGGUAUGAUCAUCACAGUAGUGGUGGUGUUGGGUAUGAAGGUGGUGGUGGUGGUGAGUACUUGGAGUGUAAAGCUACAGGGGAACACCUUGAGUUCGAGCUGUUCUGAAAUGUUUUACUGUGGGAUAUUUAUUAGCACGAAUUAGGGUUACUGUGGUAAAAGGAAGUCGAGUAAAUGGGGGGGUUGACCAAUCAGUUGCCAGGGGCCAUGGUUGUUCUUAAGUGGAGGGAAAUGGGGAGGUGAGAUUGUUCUCUGGAAGUCGAAAUCCAGAUUUUGGUAACUGUGAAAAGCAGAGGUUUUUCUUAUAUAAUCAGCAGCUUCGCUUUUGUAUAUGUUAACCGGUCUGAUCUGUUCUCUCGGUUGAAGUGAAUGAAACUCGAAUA